CAGAGCUACAAGGGUGGAAUUUUGCUUGCUUAAAAGGGGCAAAGAUCAAAUUCUUUCAGAGAGAUGGAACACAAGCACGUUUUGCUGUCGGCAUUGGGUGUUGGAGUUGGUCUCGGAGCAGGCCUUGGGUUGAGCUCAGGCCUUGUUGGAGGGAAUCGCGAGUCAGCUGAUAAGCUUUAUGGCGAACAGAUCGAGCAGGAACUUUUGAGGCUGGUGAUUGAUGGAAAAGAAUGCAAGGAAACUUUCCAAGACUUUCCUUAUUACUUAAGUGAAAGAACCCGAGAGCUAUUGAAAAGUGCUGCGUCUGUUCAUUUAAAACAACCUUCCUUCUCCAAACAUACCAGGAACCUUUCACCAGCAAGCAGGGCAAUUCUGCUUCAUGGGCCUGCAGAGUUUUACCUGCAAACGCUUGCCAGGGCUUUAGCACAUCACUUUGAAUCAAAGUUGCUGCUGCUAGAUUUGGCUGACUUUUCUUCCAAGAUCCAGAAAAAAUAUGGAUUUGCAAGACAAGAACCAUCUUCUAAAAUAUCCUUAUCUGAGGUGGCUUCCGAGAGAUUGUCUGGUUUGCUUUGUUCCUUUUCGGCAGUCUUCCCUUCAAAUGGCAAAAAAAAAGGUACUUUUCAAAAUCACAGUAAUGCUACUGGAAGUCCCAUUAUUGCUUCAAAGCUUCACGAGACUACUGCUUCCCAAUCUGCGCCAGCAAAUUCUGCUCCCUUGAAGCAGAAGAGCAGCUUGUGUGUCGAUGAAAAACUCUUUAUACAGUUGCUUUAUAAGGUCUUGAUUUCUGUGUCGGAAGAGAACCCCAUCAUUUUGUACAUCAGGGAAGCUGACAAGAUUUUUCUCCAAUCAGAGCAACUUUAUAAUUUGUUUCAUGAAAUGCUAGGGGAACUUCCAGGGCCAGUGCUCAUACUUGGUUCCAAGAUCUCAGGCAAAGCCAAAAAACCUGAUUUCCCACCAUGGAUGCUUGCGCCUCACAAAGGGUAUAAAUGUUCAAAAGUUGAUGAACAGCUCGCAGCAUUAUUCCCUUACAGUAUUAAGAUCAAACCACCAGAAGAUGAAGCUGAUCUUGAAGAUUGGAAAGCCCAACUGGAAGAGAACAAGAAAACAAUUAAAUCUCAAGAUAACAGAAACCAUAUUGCCGAAGUUCUGGCAGCAAAUGAUGUUGAAUGUAAAGACUUGAAUUCAAUCAGCCAUGAGGACACAAAGAUACUAAGUAGAUAUAUUGAAGAAAUUGCUGUAUCUGCAAUAUCUCACUACUUCAUGAAUACCAAGGAUCCAGAAUACCAGAACGGGAAGCUUGUAAUAUCAUCUGAGAGUUUGUGCCAAGCUUUGGAUCUAUUUCGCAAAAAGAAAAGUAAUGAUGAUGGAAAGAAGCAAGGGACUAGUGGAAAGAAGCAAGGGCCUGAUGGAAAGAAGGAAGUUUGUCCAGACAAUGAGCAUGAGAGGCACAUAAGAGAGGAACUUAUCCCUGCGAAUGAGAUAGGUGUGACAUUCUCAGAUAUUGGUGCAUUAGAGGAAAUUAAGGAAUCACUACAAGAGCUAGUCAUGCUUCCACUUCGAAGACCAGAGCUCUUCAAAAGUGGGCUUCUUAAGCCUUGUCGAGGCAUAUUGCUUUUUGGACCUCCAGGUACUGGAAAAACAAUGCUUGCAAAGGCAAUUGCAAAUGAAGCAGGAGCUAGUUUCAUCAAUGUCUCCAUGUCUACCAUCACAUCAAUGUGGUAUGGAGAAGCUGAGAAGCAUGUCCGUGCUCUGUUCUCUCUAGCUGCAAAGGUUUCUCCAACUAUCAUUUUCAUUGAUGAAGUUGAUAGCUUGCUCGGGCGACGAUCAAGAUGUGGAGAGCAUGAGGCUACGAGGAGCAUUAAGAAUGAAUUCAUGACCCAUUGGGAUGGUCUAUUGACAAAACAACACGAGCGUAUUCUAGUUCUUGGUGCAACCAAUAGGCCAUUUGACCUCGAUGAUGCAAUCAUAAGACGGUUUGAGCGAAGAGUCAUGGUUGGUCUGCCAUCUGUCGAGGCUAGGGAGAUUAUCUUGAAAACUCUGCUAGCUAAGGAAAAUACUGAAAACUUAGACCUCAAAAAGAUUGCAGUCAUGACAGAGGGAUAUACUGGAAGCGACCUCAAGAAUUUGUGCACUGCUGCUGCUUAUCGACCUGUUAGGGAGCUCAUAAAGCAGGAGAAAUUGAAGGAUAUGGAAAAGAAUAAGAAAGAGGCUGAAGGCCAAAGCUCCGAAGCUGCUUCAAGUCCCAAAGAGGAUACAGAAGAACAAGACAAGAAUAAGAAAGAUGCUGAAGGCCAAAGCUCAGAAAGUGAUAAGGAGGACAAAGAAGAGCCAGUAAUUACCUUGAGGCCCAUAAAUAUGGAAGACAUGAUUCAGGCUAAGAAUCAGGUUCCUGCAAGUUUUGAUGGUCACGGGGCAAUUAUGCAUGAAUUGAGGCAGUGGAAUGAGCUGUAUGGAGAUCGAGGUUCUCUGUAGAAAGACACCUACUUUAAUGUAUUUCAGCUAAUAUCCUCGUUUGCAGAUCAUUGGAGUAACUUUUAUUAAGAAAAUCAUCCGUCAUUUUGAGGCCUAUGCUUGGAGGGCUGUUCCAAGAUGCUGUCUGCCACUGUUUUAAGACUCAUAAUGAGAAAUAAACAGUAAGUAUGAGCUUUGUUCAUGUGAGCGUUUAGGCACAUUGAAUAGCUUCCUGAUCUCGUUGGGAUUCAGAGUGGAAAGCAUGGCCGUAAACGAAAAAUAUUUGUUGUGAACCCAAAAUCCCUGUGGGAAAUUUCUGCAUUAGAAAAGGGGAGAGGGAUUAUACUUGAAUUGAAUCGAGACAUAAUUGAUUGUUGAAUCACUAAGGAACUUACAUAUCUACAGUGUGAGGAACUUGUAUUUAAGUACAUUUUCAGAUUCUAAA